CAUUGGCUCAUGGCGGACCCGCUUAAGUCCUCGCCGGAUACACCGGCGAUCAGCUGCUCGGUCAUCAAUCCGGACGGACCGUCGUCGCCACCGCUUAUUGACGCCAAACUAGCCGACCUGUUGCGAAUCUUUUGCGAGGUCAUGCACAUCUUCCGGUGGACUUAUUUUCCACGCCCAGGUGCAACAGCAUAUGUCCUCAUUAGGCACAAGGCUAGAAGCCGCCAAAAUCAUCGCUUGUCCAAACAUCCAACAAGAAUUGCUGGAGUGCACGUCAAGGAGGCUUCGACGAGCAACUGCUUAAUGCUCAACAUUGAAGACUCGGAUAACGAAACCAUGCCGGAGUGCGUCGAUAGAAUGGCGCACUCCGACUCCGUAGGAAAUUGUGAUUAA